AUGAAUGAGAAAAGUCAAAAGAAGGUGGCACCGGGGCAAUCCGAAACGUUGUCACUUAUAAAGAAGCAAUUCUUUAAAACGAAAAUGUGUCCUUUCCAAAAAAAUAAGAAUUAUUGUCUGAAUGAAUCUGAUUGCCAUUAUGCUCACAGUAUUGAUGAAUUAAAACCGAUGCCCGAUUUGAGAAAUACAAAGUUGUGUGAUUAUAUAAAAAAAAAAAUGCCCUGUAAAGACGUAAACUGUAAAUUUGCCCAUGAUACAGAAACUUUAAAACCUAGUGUACAUUUAGCUACCUAUAAGUCUACAAUAUGUAGUUUUUGGGGUAAAGGAAAAUGUUUUAAUGGAAAUAAAUGCAGAUUUGCUCAUGGAACUAAUGAUAUAAAAGCGAAUGAAAAUAUGAAUAUUCUAGAAAAUAAUAAACAUAACCAUAAAAAAAAUAAAGACAGUAUAUCUGAUAUAACAAAAGGAACAGAUUCUACAUAUUCUUUUAAUACAUAUGAUUAUUCUGUUAAUUGUUCUUUAGAAACUACAAAUAUAUCUCCAUCUUUUGAUAAAAGUAGAGAAUUAUUUGUUUUAAAAGAAAAUAAUAUAAAUGACGAUAAACUUGGUGAUAAUAAAUUAAGUAUAUUUGAUUCAAAUAAAGAAAUCAUUGGAAAUAUAAAUGAAAAUACGGAUCUUAAUAUAUCUAAAAUGGAUUAUCCAUUUUGUGAAAACACAAAUAACUGUAGUAUAAAUAAUAGUGACAAUAUAAAAACUGUUAUAAAUAAAAUUGAAAACAUGGCAUUAUCCACAUUUAUAGAAAAUAAUGAUAAGUAUACUAAGGUUAUAAAAUAUUUGAUGAAUGAAAAUAACAUUUUGAAAGAGUCUAUUAAAAAAGAACAAAAGCAUAUGAUAAACGAAGAAGAUCACAUAUCUCAAAUUCAAAAGCAAAUAUAUAAAGCCAAUAUUUCGAGAGCCUAUACAAAAGAUAAUGGAGAUAAUAUAGCCAAUAUUUCGAGAGCCUAUACAAAAGAUAAUGGAGAUAAUAUAGCCAAUAUUUCGAGAGCUUAUACAAAAGAUAACGGAGAUAAUAUAGUUACUAUUUCUGGUAAAAGUAAUAAUAGUAGUAAUAGUAUGUUUAUUGAGGAUGGUUUAAAAAAAUAUUUAUAUUUUGAUGAACCGAGUAGUAAUAGUCAAUUUUCAAACGAAAAUAAAGAUGUAAAUAAUGGCAUAUUAAAUUCAGAAGAUUUUAUAAAAUCGGAUGAUAAUUUUACAAAUAUAAUGAAAACAAUAGAUGAUUUAUUAAUAUCUCAAAAUGUUGGUUCAUUUUCAAAUGUAAAGAAUAAUUGCAAUUCUUUAGAAUCUAAAGAUAUAUUUUUAAUAAAAAAUAGUAAUAAUGUUAAUACUAGUAUAGAAUGUGAAAAUUUGCCAUGUAACUUACGACUAUUUGAUUCCGAAAAAAAUAUAUACCAAAAUUUUAUUGCAUCAAAUAUGAUAAAUAGUAACAAAGGGUUGAUACGAGAUAUAAAUGAAAAGGUAGAAAUUGUUGAAAACCCGUUUGACGAAAAUAUAGAAAAUAUAGAAAAUAUAAUAAAUACUUGCCAAAAAGAAACAGAAAAGACAAAAGAAAAGGCAAAAGAAAAGGCAAAAGAAAAGACAAAAGAAAAGACAAAAGAAAGCUACUAUAAUGAGCACAUUUCUUACGAACAAUGUAAAGGUGCUUCUCGACCAAUUGACAUAACAAAUGAUGAGUUUAGUUAUCUAAAUAGUAGCAAUAGUGGAAAUAAUAGCUAUUGCAACAUUAGUAAUAGUAGUAGUUACAACUAUAUAAAUAAUCCGGAUUAUAAUAGUAGCCCCAAUUAUAGUAAUAACAAUAUUCGAAUGAACGAGAUAGAUGAAAUUCCUCAUUGGUUUAAAGGGUUUUCUCAGAUAGAUGUGCAAAACAAUGAAACUCUAAAUAUGAAACAAAAUAAAUUAUAUUCAAAAAAGAUGAAAAACGAAGAAUUUGUAAAAAACCCAAAUAUCGAAUAUUGGAAAGAAAGAAUGAUACACCAAAAUGGAAAUGAGAUGCCAGAAGAGAUAAACAGUAAUAGCAACAACAAUAACAACAACAAUUUGAUAGUUGGAAAUGAGUUAAAUAAAUAUUUUUUUCAAUCAAAAAAUAAUAAUAGAUUUAUUAACAAGGGUGAUUUUAAGGAAAAAAGUGCCAAACUUAAUUUAAGAGAAAAUGUAGAUGUCAAAUAUGAUAAUGAUAAUUUAUAUAAGCUACUAGAAUUUUCUCAUGACAAGUCAAAUAUUAUAAAUAAAAUAAAAAAAUUGAUAUCUAAUGAAUUAAAAAAUAAUGAAAAUUCUAAUUUUACAAAUAAAUUAAAAUAUAAUAAUUCAAAUAAUCAGAAUGUACAAAAUAUGGUCAAUUGUAAUGGCAAUAGUAUUAAUAACUUGGGUAAAAAAAAUACACUUUUAAAUGAUUAUGUGAACAUGAAAAAUUUAAAUACAAUAUAUUCAAAUGCACUUAAUGAUAUAUCAACUAAUAAUAUUUACAACAAUAAAAAUUCAAUAAGCAAUAGCAAGAUGAGUAGCUACUUCAAUAAUAAUCAUCAUCAUCAUCAUAAUCAUCAUAAUAAUAAUAAUCAUAACAAUAAUAAUAAUAAUAAUAAUAAUCAUAAUAAUAAUAAUAAGAGUUAUGAUACGAAUGAAUAUAACUGCAACUACUUAAGCUCUGAUUUUAUGAAAUAUAAAAAAGAAAAUAAUGUUGAAAAAAAUAUUUGGAAUAACAGUUCGAAUUUGAAUGGAUUUAUUUACCCAACAACACCAACAACAUCAACAACCGAUUUGGUAUCUGAUAAUAACAAUAAUGAUGUUUUUAACAUUUCAAAAUCGGUUAAUUUAAGGAGUUUAAAUUAG